AAUUAUCGUCUCGAGCAUGCCGCCCCGUAGCUUUCGAACCACCGCCAUGUUGGUGGAAUAAUUUUAUUGAUUCUCGAACUUUCCAGGCGAAAAUCGCGGCAUAAUCGUUACGAGCGAAAAUUCAAAUAUUGCUUUUUGUUCACGUUCAUUCGUCGUCGCUGAAUCGCGUUUUUUUUAUUUGUACCCUGCGAUCUUUCGAUCACGUCUUCGCAUGGAUGGAAGAAUCGGCGUCAACGGCGUGCCGGAGGUCGUGACUCAAUGACUCUCACUUUUUGAGAAACGCUCGCCGCGAUUUUAUAAUGAUCAACUUGAUUGAUAAAAAGUUCUCUUCUCCUGUGCAACGUAUUGCGUGAUGUCGUAAAUACGAAGAUGCGAAUCAAAAAAGAGUCAUUUAUGGCAUUGAACUUUCGUCCCUAACCUAUAAGUACACAACAGGUCCAACGUCGAUGUCCCGUGCACGUGGGAAUCUCGUAGCGGACACUUGCACGAUUUUCCGUGACGUAUUAAAUGAUACCUCCCCCACCAGUUAUGUGGGCCCAAAGGAAAGAUAUCUUAUAUGUUACUAUCUGCUUAGAAGAUUGUAAAGAUCCUAUUAUCGAAAUCGAGCCAGAGAAGAUAUACUUCAAAGGAGAAGGGGGCACAGAUAACAAAAUGCAUGAGAUCACGAUUAAUCUGUACAAAGAAAUCGAUACCAGCAAAACCAUAAAAAAUUUGAAAGGUAGAACUUUCGAAUUAAUUCUGGCUAAAAAGGAGGAGGGACCUUAUUGGCCACGUUUAAUCAAGGAAAAGACAAAGGCUCACUGGUUAAAGAGCGAUUUUAACAAAUGGAAGGAUGAGGACGAUACUGAUGAUGAAAGUAGCCCGCCUGAUUUAGAAGAGAUGAUGCGACAGAUGGGUGGUUUGAGUGGUUCGGGUGACAAUAAGCCAAAUUUUGAUGACUUAGAUGAAUUAGGAGACAACGAGGCUGACAGUGAUGACGAAGAUCUUCCCGAUUUAUAUGAUUAAAACAAUAAAUAACUGCAUUGACUAAUUAAUUAAUUAAAAACAAAUGGCAACCUAAGGAUAGUGCACGAUCGGGCAAUAUUUCAGUAGGCCUUGCUGUUUGUAUCUUCAAUUGCAAAUUCGCUAAAAUGGCCGUGUCAUGCAAGUAGCAAACUGAUCGCGUAAAGUGAAAUAAAAAAAAGGCAAACUGGACGGAUACCAGUGCGGUAACAGUCUAUGGACAGUAAUACAGGUCUCCACAUGGUAAUGGAGGGUCCUCCACACUUUCCCCAUCUCUUUAUUAUAGCCUGUAGAUCAUAUACUAAGUUAUAAUACGAACAAGCUUUUUUAAUAAUGUAUUGUGUAAAGUACUAAAGAGAUAAAAGGACACUGGAGUAAUAAUGAAGUCAUCUAUUCUGAAAAAUCCUGCAAAGCACUAUUGACUAUUGGCGGACGUAACAAAAUGUUAUAAAUGUUGUCUGUGAGAUAAAAAAAAUAUCGAUAC